AAUAUAAACAUAUAUUAGAAGAGUUCAUCUUUAUCUGAAGCACUAGUAACUCUUGACCAUAUACAAUUUUUGAUACAAGGAGAAAGUUUCAUGAAGGUUUAUCCUAGACCUGCAAAUGAAGCUACUUUUUAGUGUUGUAUUAAUGUAAAUGGUUUUCCAAGUUUUGAAGUAUUAAUAAAACUCGACUUAAUGAAGUUAAAGCUUAUCCUAGAGCUCAAUAAGUUUCUCAUGUGACCUGCUGUAGGAAAUUCUAAGAAACAACAUAACAAGCCUUCUGGCAGUACAAAAACGAAGUCUGCUGAAACAGAAAUUUCUGUCUCAAGACUUGACAUACCUGUUGGCCUCAUCAAAAAAGUUCAGAAGCACCCAGAUGCAGAUUCACUCUAUGUUGAAGAAAUUGAUGUCGGUGAAGAAUCCCCUCGAACAGUUGUUAGUGGCCUCGUGAAAUAUAUUCCUCUUGAGGAAAUGCAGAAUCGGAAGGUUUGUGUCCUUUGUAACUUGAAGCCUGCAACCAUGAGGGGCAUUAAGUCACAAGCAAUGGUCUUGGCUGCAUCAAACGAUGACCACACAAAGGUUGAGUUAGUUGAUCCACCAUCAUCAGCCAAGGUUGGUGAACGAGUGACCUUUCUGGGAUACUCAGGCGAACCAAACAGCGUCUUAAACGCCAAGAGCAAAGUUUGGGAGAAGCUGCAGGUUGAUCUGCAGUCUAAUAAAGAGUGGUUGCCUGUUAUAAGGAUGUGCCUUUCACAACAUCUGCUGGUGUUUGUAAAGUUUCAUCUAUCACAAAUGGAGCCAUAA